CUGAGAGAGUGAGAGAGCCCUCCAUCCCCUACCCAAUUAUGCCCCGUGGGUACGAAACGAAUCCUCAUUUUUUCUACACAGCGGACGAUGAGCCACCACGCGUGCCUCGUGGGCCGGCCAAUAUUCAGCCUCGGCCCAGACAGCAGCCCAAUGGGCCUGAGUAUUGGACUCCACCGACGCCGCACAAGUCCCUGGUUCCCCAGUCGCCGCAACCGUUUCUCCCUCAAAGUCAUCACCCAUCAUCGGAGCCUGAAGAUGGCUCGGGUUAUCCUCCACGGGAUGGAACGGAUAGAAAACUCCCUCUGCCGCCGGCUUUUGGACUAGGUUCCCGGGCUCCGAUGUCGGGAUCUCAGCCACAAUGUUCAGUAAAUCCCAACCGGGCCCGCUACCCGCAAACAGAGCGGACUAAAUCCACCGCCCCUCUGGUAUGGCUUACAUGUGCUUUCUUGAUUGGGGUAGGCCUAGUAAUCUUUGUUGUCUAUCUUGUCUACCGACCACGAAACUUGAUGUUUGACAUCUCGAAUGCCAACCUGAAUGCAGUCUCUCUCGACAUGGGAAAUCUCCUUAGUGUUGAUCUCACUCUGCUUGCAAACUUCACAAACCCUAAUGCCAGAGGGAGUGUCGAGUUCAAGCACUCAACCGUGGGUCUCUACCACUAUGGGACCCCGGUUGCAUCCGCUAACAUUCUUUCUUUCCCUCUCACGCACGGCGAGUACAAGUUUCAAAAUGUCCACCUUGCUGGGGCCCAAGUCGGGAUCUCGUCAAACCAGAGCAGCCUGAUAAGCAAGCAGAUGGAGGGUGGGAGUGUGUGGUUUCGCGUGCAAGGCACGUUCCGAACAAGCUUUGUUUGUGUUUUCAAGUACUCAUAUUUGCUCCAUGGCUAUUGCACCAUUGUUCUUACUUACCCUCCCCCAGGUGUCUUGAUUGCUAAAAGUUGCACAACCAAAAGAGUUUAAAACAUGUUUAGGGCAAAAACAAAAUCACAUUCUGUCAAAAAGGGCAUUUCUACAAUGGUUCUAGAAUAUAUGGCACAUGUAGGGGAAAUGCAUCCCAAGAGGAACACUUAUCGUACUUAAUUAUGGUGAAUUUGAUAAAAUGCAAAUAUGCUAUGUAAUAACUACGUAGAAGGGUG